AUGGCUAUCUACAACCCCUUCGCCCGGCGCGAGACGCACAACGCCCGCGCGCUGAAUCUCUAUCGCGUCCUCGUGCCCCUCACCUGGGCCCUCGUCGUCAUCGUCGGCGUCUACUAUUCGCUACACUCGCCUGACGAUGUGAAGAAGAGUAAGAAGAUUUGGAAGCAGGCGAAUAAGCAUAAGACGCCGUUUAGUCAGAAUACGACUGUUACGGGGAUUUACUGGAUCCUCCUCCUUCUCUCCCAACUCAGCUACGUCUGGCAUCUCUUCUCGAAAGAUGCUGCCGUUGUUGCCUCCGCCGCCAAUGUUGCUGGCCACUUCAUCUUAAACAACCUCUUCACCUUCGCCUGGAUUCUCCUCUGGACCCGCAACUACUUCUGGGGCGCCGAAAUCAUCCUCAUCGCCCACCUUAUCAACCAACUCUCCGCCUACUGGAGGCACCCUGGCCUGCCGACCUUCGUGCAUCUCUCCGCCGUCGCGGGCCCCCUGGCGUGGACCGUCACCGCACUGUUCUGGAAUGGCGCUGUCGCGACGCAUAGCCAUAACCUGCCCGGUCGCAUUAUUGCGAAUAUUUUCAUCUGGGUUAUUCUUGCCAUUGGGUUGUUCCAUGUUUCUGUGAGGCAGGAUUAUAUUAUUGGGUAUUGUUUUAGUUUCUUGACGCUUUCUCUGGCUCUGCGACAGUUCGCUUUGAAGAUCAUUGCCUUGCAGUGGAUCUUCGCGUUCGUCGUCUUUGCGCUCUUCACGGUCACCUCGCUCUAUAUCUCUAGUACCAAGUACUACGGUCGCGACAGUCUCUUCCGUCGUGUUGCGCAUCCCGAGGCCUCUGAUCGCGAGAGACAGCCUCUACUCAACGAAGAGGCGUGA